AUUUAGCAUGCCUGUCAUCCUCAUUGUAGGCGGGACUCGAGGACUCGGAGCGAGUCUGGUGAAGCUGUAUGCUUCAGAUUUGAACGACUACGUGUUCGCCACGGCAAGGACAUCAAAUCCCCCAGCGAACAGCAAGAAUGUCACGUACAUUCCCGACAUUGACAUCGCCUCAGCUGAUGCUGGUAGCAAGGUUAUUCGCUUUCUCAACAUCAGGGGAGUCUCCAGUCUAGACACAGUGAUCAUCACUGCUGGAUAUUUUGCGACAGAGAGCCUCCAGAAACCAUCGUUCGAAGCUCAGGAACGCAUGUACCGUACCUGCGCAAUCGGACCCACGAUACUUGUUACCACGCUGGCCAAUGAUUCGAACGACCUUCUCGGUAAGGACUCGAAGGUUAUCUUCGUAUCAUCAGAAAGCGGCAGCAUUACGCUCAGACACGAGAAAGAGGGGGGUGGCAACUACGGACACCAUGCCAGCAAAACCGCGCUCAACAUGUCUGCGAAGCUGCUAAGCUUGGAUUUGAAGGACAGAGGGGUCGCAAUAGCAACCGUCCAUCCAGGCUUCAUGAGGACGGAUAUGACCAAGGGAGUCGGAUUCGACAAAUUCUGGGAUGAAGGUGGCGCUGUUACCCCUGACGUCGCAGCGAAGUCGCUUGCAGAAUGGAUCGAGACGUUCGACAUCAGCAAGACCGGAGAAUAUUGGGCGCCUCGAGGACCCGGUGACAUUGGUACUGCCGAACCGGUGCUUGGCCCUACAAGCAAGCUUCCUACCCCUCUGCAACUACCGUGGUAGACGAUAUCUGUGCGCCCAGGUUGGAGAUACGUUUCACGGCGAAUUGAUUGAUUGAUUGAUUGUUUUAACGCCCUAUCUGAGUCUAAGACUAUGCAAGACGAGAGGAGCAGUUGCUCCUCUGGUAAUGCAAAUAUUUGGUUACAACAGAUGUUGAGGGACGUUUCAUGGCGAAGCUGAUGCAGCGAUGAGAUGAAAUUUCACUGGAUUGAAAAUUGUUCGACAACUCGUAGAGUGACCACGAAUCAAUAAUCC